GCAGCGCUUCUCGUGCAUGUGCACUGGGCACCCGGCUGUCAGCCGGGUGCCCACACUAAAGGGAGGACAACUCGGCGGAAGUGUGAGCAGGUACUUGUCAGCAGUCAUCUCCUGUACUGUCUGCAGUCUCUGGUCAUCCCCUGUACUAUGUCUGCAGUCUCUGGUCAUCCCCUGCACUGUCCGCAGUCUCUUGGUCCUCCCCUAUACUGUCCGCAGUCUCUGGUCAUUCCCUGUACUGGGUACGCAGUCUUUGGUCAUCCCCUGUACUGUCCGCAGUCUCUGGUCAUCUCCUGUAUUGUGUCCGCAGUCUCUGGUCAUUCCCUGUACUGUCCGCAGUCUCUGGUCAUUCCCUGUACUGUCCGCAGUCUCUGGUCAUCCCCUGUACUGUCCGCAGUCUCUGGUCAUCCCCUGUACUGUCCGCAGUCUCUGGUCAUCCCCUGUACUGUCCGCAGUCUCUGGUCAUCCCCUGUACUGUCCGCAGUCUCUGGUCAUCUCCUGUACUGUGUCCGCAGUCUCUGGUCAUCUCCUG